CCUAAAACCCCGAGAAUUCCGAGUGACAUUAACCGUGACUAACACACCAAACAUGAAUACAAUUAAAGACGGGUGGUUUAGCGAAAUUAGUGAAUUAUGGCCAGGGCAAGCUAUGUCACUUCAAGUUGAAGAAGUUUUGUUCCAAGAGAGAUCAAAAUACCAGGAUGUUUUAGUAUUCAAAAGUAAAACUUAUGGGAAUGUGUUGGUCCUAGAUGGAGUCAUACAAUGUACAGAGAGGGAUGAAUUCUCUUACCAGGAAAUGCUGGCUCAUUUACCACUGAACUGUCACCCUAAUCCCAGAAAGGUUCUGAUUAUUGGAGGGGGAGAUGGUGGGGUUCUUAGAGAGGUUGUGAAACACCCAGAGGUUCAAACUGUGGAAAUGUGUGAAAUUGAUGAGAAAGUGAUAGAAGUUUCCAAGAAGUAUCUGCCAAAGAUGGCUAUUGGGUUUGAAAGCUCUAAACUGUCACUACAUAUUGGAGAUGGAUUUGAAUACAUGAAAAAACAUCAGGGAGAAUUUGAUGUUAUCAUCACUGACUCUUCAGAUCCAAUAGGGCCUGCGUCUUCAUUGUUUGAGAAGUCAUAUUAUGAAUUGAUGAAGAAAGCCCUUCGACCAGGAGGCAUUGUCUGUUGUCAAGGUGAAUGUCUAUGGCUCCACAUUGAACUUAUUAAGGGCAUGCAGGACUUUUGCCGUGGUCUCUACCCAGUGGUGGACUAUGCCUACACGACCAUACCAACCUACCCCAGUGGACAGAUUGGGUUUAUACUCUGUGGACUUACUCCAGAUGCCGACUUUAAGGAGCCAGUUAGAAAGUUCACUCAGGAAGAAAUGAUCAAAUUGAAACUUCAGUACUACAAUGCAGAUGUCCACAGAAGUGCUUUUGUUCUACCCCAGUUUGCAAGAAAGGUUUUGAAAGGAGAACAUAUAGAAAAUGGGCCUAGUAACAACCAGUAACCAUGACAGCUAUUAAAAUUUCUCAUUUCUCAUGUCAUAGAAUUAUAUAUUUGUAGAUCUCAGGUAGAAAAUAAAUCUCAAUGCACAUCAUGCUAAUGGUUAUAUUCAUAGUUUAUGAUGUCCAAAAAACAUCAUUAUAUACUAUCAGUAAACUGUGCAAUGUACCUAAGCAUUCAUUGAAAUUAAUGUUUUAUCAUUUAAUACUAUGAUAUUCCAAAGUUGUGAUACAAUGUCACUGCCACCUUAUCAUUUGAAAUUAAAAUAUACAUCUGAAGGUUA